AUGGAGUAUCUCCAAGUUCCCUUCCUCAUGCUGUGUGGCAUGGCCUUCCUUGCCGGGGUGGCAUUGAAUGGCUACAUCCCCUUUGUUGCCAGCUCCCGUGUGGAGAGGAUGGCCAGUGCCGUCUGGUUCUUGAACCGGGCCCUGACCGAUUUCAUCUUGAUCAUCUUCCUGCCCCUCAGAGUCACCUCCUUCCACAUGUUCUCCAGCACCUUCUUCCUCACCACCAUCGGUGUCGAUCGGUGCAUCCUCGUGACACGCACUGAGUGGUCCUGGAACCACCGCACACCCCCAUUAGCUUUCAUUAUGGUUUUGGGCAUGUGGGCUCUGUCUUUUGGGUUCAGCUUGCGGUACGGUGAUCUCUGGGAAUCCCUCCUCUCACCUGCCAGCACCAGCAUGAAUUUCCGCGCGGAUGAAUGGAGGGUGAAGGCCACCAUUGCAAUGCAGUUCCUGGUCGGAUUUCUGAUCCCAUUCGCCUUGAUCUUGAUCCCAACAUUCUACAUUGUUCUAGCUGCCAAACUGAGAAGGAACAGGCUGAUCCAGUCCACCAAGCCACUCAAGAUCCUUCUUGGUUUGAUCCCAACCAUUUUCCUCUGCUGGCUGCCGUAUCACGUCGUCUUCUUGUUGUUGAUGUCAGCUAAUUACACUCUGUCUCUUUUGAACAGAGGAAGGGCUUUUGCUUAUGUCCUGACAUAUUUAAGCAGCUGCCUCAACCCCAUCUUGUAUCUCACCAUGGAGGAAGAAUUUCUGAGGUACCAGCAACGUGCAUGCAACUCCCAAACCACCGACAACUUGGGGUCAGAGCUGGUUGGAUAG